UAGAGGACAACGAGAGCAAUUCAGACAAUAACAUGAUUGCAAAUGAGGACGUAAUUAAAAAGACAGAUUUUAUUCCAACUCGACUUUAUAUACGUAAACAUUACACAAAAUUAUCAAAGAGUAAUGCUGCAAAAUGCAACAAUUGUAAUGAAAAAUUCAAUAUACCUAAUAAUAGAUUAGCUAUUUUACAUGAACAUUUGAUGAAGAGACAUCCAGACAUAUUAUCAGAAGAAGAGAAGAAAGUAGAUAAAUUCGAUUGGUCUUGGGAUUAUUUUAUCGCAAAAAGCGAUAGAGAGGCAACAUGCAAAAUAUGUGACUCAACAAUUAAGUACCAUACAGUAACUGAACUCAAGAGGCAUUUAAAACAUGUUCACAAGAUAUUAGGUCCAAAUUCAAAUCCUGUAGAUAACGAGAGCAAUCUAGAUAAUGAUACGAGUACAAAUGAGGAUAUAUAACUCCAAAGACAGACAUUUUUAUCUCAGAUGUCGUCUUUGAAUACGUUACACAAAAUUGACAAGUAGAAAUGAGGCAAGAUGCAAGAUUAUUGUAAUGCAAGAUUUAAUAUACGUAUUAGAUCCUUAGCUAUUUUACAUAAGCACUUCGUGAAGGCACAUCCAGACAUAUUAUCAGAAGAAGAGAAAAAAGAAGAUAAAUUUUAUUGGACUUGGGAUUAUUUUAUUGCAAAAAGCGAUACAGAGACAACAUGUAUACUAUGUAAUGCAACAAUUGGGUCUAAACUUACAAGUCGUUUA